CGUUUCAGUGUAACGGCGGCUUUCCGUGACAAUGGACACGAUGCCGGAGCCGUCCUCCUAGUCCCCGCCCAGCAGUGCGUGGCUUCGCGCGGUGAGUGAGAGCGAGUGAGAGACAUUCAAUAGAGACGCAGACGGGGAGACCUCUCGUACGUCGUCGUCACGUGCUGCGUGCGUUGUUUCCGUCGUCGUCGUGCCGCCGCUGUGUCCGUGUGUCGUUUCGCGCGCGCGCGCGCGUGUGUGUGUGUGUGUGAGUGUAUCUGACGUGUGCGUGCGCGUGUGUACCGCACAGCGACCAUCUGUGCGCGCCCCGUCGUCGACAUCAUCGUCGUGUAGCGUAUUUCGCUUGUGACGGGGGAACAGAAAAAAAUUCGGCCCAAGAGGGUGGUGUUGAAUAGGCAGGCGGCGUAGGAGGAGUAGGGUGACCGUCGUGUACGAUUUUCGUAGUACCAUAUUAUAAUAUUAUAUAGUACGAUCACCACCUCGACCGCCGGAGUGAAGAUCAUCGCCAGCCGCCGGCAUGCACCACUACCGUACCAGAGAAGACGAGACGCCCUGCGGGGGCGACCCGUAUUUUUAUCUCAGGCUUUCGGCCGGCGCGGCCCCCUACAGCCCCAUCAAACUCGAAGUGGACGUGAAACCAGAACCCCACAUGACGCCCGUGGACUGCUUGCAACACGGUUCCCCACCGGUUGACUCAGGUUCCACGGUGAUGGAUACCGCCGGCGGUUGCGGUAACGCCACCGCCGUGGCAGACAUCGGUGAUUGUGGCGGCGGCGUUAUCGUGGGCGGCGGUAUCGGUGUCCGUUGCAAAGACGAAGGGGGCGCAACCGGAAUCGGUCUGCUGGCUCUCACGCAGCUCGACGGUUACGGCGGCUACAACAAUAAGUCGUACUGUCACGCCGACGGCGGCGCGGUCGACUUGCAGCUGCAGCAUGACCGCGUCGGCGACGACGACGUCGACAAAGAGCACUGCAAAUAUUCGUACGGUCGACUGAUAUACUCAUCGCCCGAUGAUGAUAGUAUUAUAAAACAUCAGUAUGGUGGUGAUGAAUUUACACCAGACCCAGCUAGAUUUGCUGCUCAAAAACCAGGUUCAUCUGUGUACAAUGCUGAUUCUUAUUACUUGGACGGCACAGGAAAUAAUAGCGAUGUUUGGACAACUAGUGCUACUGCUCAACUUCAGUCUCCUACAACGUAUACAACAUAUACCAACCCACCCAAUUCGUUGCUGACCACGUCUCCAAACAUGACGCCAAACAAUUUUCCGCCAACAAAUACUAUGCUAACACCAGAAAAUUUGGGCUUUAAUACUAUUGGUCCAAAUGCUAGUAUACCUCCUAGUGGUGUUUCACCUGCUACAGAUGGCCUAGGCACUUCCCCUCUACCACCUAUGUCAAGUUUGCGUGGAGCUCCUCCUUCUGCUCCAAGUCCAAUUGCAGUAACCCCUAGCUCAAUGAUGUACCCAGGACAUAACAGUCCCACUAUUCAAACUCCCGGGGAUACACUUGUCAAAACUUUAGCAUCAAUAUAUCCCACUGACCAGAGUGUCAGCAGUUACAGUUCAAAUCCAUCUACACCUGUAAGUUCACCACCACCUUUGGCACCUUUAGCGCCUGCAAACAGUGCCGGAUCUUGGACCCCUGGCGUAGUACCACCUCAUCCUGGAUCUCCUCAUUUUCCUACUGACCAUCGCACUAUUCAUUUGGGUAGUCGUAUGGAAGAAAGACUGGACGAUGCCAUAAAUGUUUUACGAAAUCAUGCCGAAAGUCAGGCUUUAAGUUUAGCUGGUGUUCAACAUUCCGCUUCAGGCAUUGUACCAUUGUAUCAUCAACAUUUAGGAAGUCCCCAUUCAGCGACUGCUACAGUUGGAGGUGUUCCAAAUACUUACCAAACACUUUCAACAUGUCAAGACAGUGAUGGGCCAAUCAAAAUUGAAAGACUAAGCAAUAUCAAAAAACGGAAAGAACCUCCAGACAGUUCAGAUACCAAGCCUACUAGCAGUGAUCACUUUUGUUCUAGUGCUGAUGAAGAUAAUGAAGAUCCAUCGACUAAAGCACACAGAGAAAAAGAACGCAGACAAGCCAAUAAUGUCCGUGAAAGUGUGGAUGACGAGAGUGAAGAUCCUGAAUUAAAAGUUCAACGAGAAAAGGAGCGCCGCCAAGCAAAUAACGCUCGAGAAAGAAUUCGAAUUCGUGACAUUAAUGAAGCAUUAAAAGAACUUGGCAGGAUGUGUAUGACACACCUAAAAACCGAUAAACCUCAAACUAAACUGGGUAUUCUCAACAUGGCUGUUGAAGUAAUCAUGUCAUUGGAACAACAAGUUCGAGAAAGAAAUCUUAAUCCUAAAGCUGCUUGUCUAAAGAGGAGGGAAGAAGAAAAGGCCGAAGACAAUGUUGGACCAAAAUUGGGACAUCAUUUAUCGGUAGCACAACACAUGGUUGUCCAAGCACCACAUUUUCCACCCAUGACUUUGCCAAAUAAUCAAGCAGGCUUGCCUCAUAAUGGACCCCAGUAGCGAUGGAGUACAACUUCACCUCAAAUGUUAUGCUCUUAAGUAAGCUGGAGGUGAUGGCAUUAGUUUGCCUUUACAUUAAAUCUCCGUUGAAAUAUUGCCAAGUAUAUUAUAUUAGUGAUAUUUUUUAUU